AUGCGUAGCUUGUUUCAACUCGGUUGUGUUUCCCUCCCUCAGCAUUUUUUUAAACCACUGCAGCUGUUUUUGCAACCUCAGGACUUGGAGAAUAUUUUUAUUAACAUUGAGGAACUUCUAAAGGUUCAUCGCUGCUUUCUAGGAGAUCUGAAGAAUGCUUUGUCUUUUAGCAACUCCCAGAACCUCUACCAAGUGUUCAUCCGGUACAAACAAAGGUUCUUACUAUACGGACGAUACUGUAGCCAGGUAGAAGCAGCCACUAAAUACCUAGACCAGAUGUCCAAUACCAGUGUGGAUGUGCGCAUGAAACUGGAGGAAUGUUCUCAACGUGCCAAUAAUGGCCGCUUCAGCUUACGGGACCUCCUCAUGGUACCCAUGCAACGGGUACUAAAAUACCACCUGCUUCUACAGGAGCUGACCAAAUAUACAGUGGAACCAACCGAAAAGGAGAACCUGAGGCAAGCCCUAGAUGAUAUGCGGGACCUGGCUCAGUGUGUAAAUGAGGUCAAAAGAGACAACGAAACACUGAAACAAAUCACUAAUUUCCAGCUGUCUAUAGAGAACCUGACACAAUCCCUGGCUCACUUUGGGAGGCCGAAGAUUGACGGGGAGCUCAAGAUCAUCAGUGGAGAGAAGCGUUCCAAAAUAGACAGGUAUGGUUUCCUUCUGGAUAAAGCUCUCCUCAUCUGCAAGCGAAAAGGAGAUUCCUAUGAAAUGAAGAAAUUUGUGGAUCUCUCCAACUACCAGGUUCGGGAUGACUGUUGUGCAGAGAAGGACAACAAGAAGUGGGCUCACAUGUUUGUCCUAAUUGAACUUAAUGGACCCUCGGGCUUUGAACUGUACUUCAAGACACGGGAGCUGAAAAAGAAGUGGAUGGAACAAUUUGAAAUGGCUCUGUCCAAUAUCUGUCCUGAAAAUGCUAAGGCAAAUAGACACGAAUUUCACAUGUACUCCUUUGAGGAGACCACCUCUUGCAAAGCUUGUCAGAUGUUGUUGAGAGGAACCUUCUAUCAGGGCUAUCGUUGCAGCAAAUGUCGAACACCUGCUCACAAGGAGUGUCUGGGUCGAGUGUCACCCUGUGGGAAGUCCAGCACAGAGUCUGGAUCUACCAUGAAAAAGGUAAAACACAAAAACAAAUCAAAUCGACAUUCAGCAGAGAGAGAGAAAAUGGAUCUGGGGCUGCCCAAGUUGGAAGUGUGCCAAGAAUAUUAUGGUCUUCCUCCACCACCUGUGGCAUUUGGUCCGCCACUGAGACUCAGUGUGGGGGAUAUUGUGGAGCUAAGCAAAGCUGAAGCAGAGCAGCUGUGGUGGCAGGGAAGGAACACAUCUACCAACGAGGUUGGCUGGUUUCCUUGCAAGAAAGUGAAGCCUUAUGUUUCUACUCCUCCUCCAGAUCUAUCAGUUUAUCUCUGGUACGCAGGGCCCAUGGAGCGGGCAGAAGCAGAACAAACCCUUUCCAGUCGUUCAGAUGGGACUUACCUGGUGCGGCAGAGAAUCAAGGAUGCAACAGAAUUUGCCAUCAGCAUCAAGUUCAACAGUGAAGUCAAGCAUAUCAAAAUCCAGACCAAGGAUGGUUUGUAUCGCAUCACAGAAAAGAAAGCCUUCAAAGGACUCAUAGAACUGGUGGAGUAUUAUCAAGAGAACUCCCUGAAGGAUUGUUUCAAGACCCUUGAUACUGUGCUCCAGUUUGCUUUCAAAGAGCCAGAGAGGAAAAAUGUGGCCAGGCCAUCUGGGAAAAGCUUGAAGUAUUUUGGCUCAGCUAAGGCGCGCUACAAUUUCUGUGCACGAGACCGGACUGAGCUGUCCCUCACAGAGGGAGACAUCAUAAAGAUUCUGAAUAAGAAAGGGCAGCCAGGGUGGUGGAAAGGAGAAAUCUAUGGCCGGGUUGGCUGGUUCCCAGCAAAUUAUGUGGAGGAGGAUUACUCAGAGUAUUGCUGAGGGUACCACCUGAAUGGGUACGCUAAGGGAUUCAUUGGCAGCACAUCCAGGAACAAUAAGCAGAAUCAGUCUCUCUCUUUCCAAGAGCCAUCGCUGUUGAAAAACUACAAUUAUUUAUGAACUCUCUUUCAUCCCCCUGCUCCAUCUCCCAUCAAUUCCUCUCCGCUGUGUGUUUUUGUGUCAAAUAAAGUGGGUGGACAAGGAGAACCUGAGUAUGAAUGCACCAAAAAGACAAAGCACAAAAUCUUGGGGAGAUCAAAAUAAAACUCCUCUAUAAAAAGUUGUUUUAAACAAGUCUGAGGCUCGACUCCCAGU